AUGGCAAUACCAAUUCAUUGUACUUCACAACACAUAACUCCUCCACGAUCAUCUACAAUACUACCAUUCGGAGAUGGUAUUUCCAACAAUUUGGAUACACCAUCAAAUAUUGUCCUGGGUCAUCACAAUAGAAAAAUAAUUAUUGAACAAUUAGCCAAAUCUUUUAAAGAGGUUUUUAUAGAACACUUUAGAGAACAACAUCCCUCCCCACCACCACCACCACAAAUACUUCUUAACAGAAAAAAGUUGCGGAGGACAUCAAUUUUACCAAACGAAAAGUCUUUACUAUUAACCUCUCAUCCUUCUUUAUUGUCCUACUUUACAUCUAGACCUCUUAUUGAACAUUUGGUAUUUAUUCUCACUUUCUCCAUGAUCAUUCUCAUCCUUUUCGCAGCUUCACCCACAGUUCAAUAUUCUCCAGAGAUUGAUAUUAUUACAAAAAAAUUUCCUGCUCUCUACACUGUUAAAAAUCCUUGGGUUAGGACAGAUCUAAAUGGUACUUCUUAUUCAAAACUUUACAUUCCAAAUUAUUCCUAUAGCUUACUUGCCAGCGUUGGGGAUUAUUCAGUAAGCUUAUAUCCUCCUGAUUCUCCAAUGAUAGAUGUGUGCUCUUCUGAUGCUCCUCCAAGAAACUAUCUUACUGUCUCUGAUCUACCUUUUAGUGUUGAACAUGACACAUUUGAUGAAGAAUCAAACCUAUGUAUUCAAUUUUUUUGUACAUCAACAGGAAAAUAUCAUGAAGUAGAAAAUAGAAAAUUGAAUUUGACAACAUGGAGUCAAUUGGAUGAAUUUUCAUGGUUUUAUAAUUACUGUUAUUAUUGUAAUAACAAUAAUAGCAAGGAUUUUAGAUUUUUCUUAGUUAACAAUACCAUCAGUGAUGGGGAUGGCUACAGAGAUGCUUGCCCACUUUUUAACUCUAUUGUGGUACAAAAAGCUCAACAACAGUGCAUAGAAGAUUCUGUUAAUGAUAAUAUGAAAAUAGGAACUUUUUAUUUGGCGUCAGAUUUAAUGGAUAUUUCUGCCUUCAGAAAUGUUUUAUCAUUUUAUGAUUUUAUGAAGUUUAUCCAGCAAUCUUAUUUUCCUUAUAACUGCUUUUGUGAGGGUAAUAGUUUGAGCUUGGUGCCAGGAAUGAAAAAUUUUACAUUUGGGUAUAAGUGUGACGUUUAUUCACAUUUCAUAAUACCGUUUGUAUUCGAGUUUGGACCUAUAUUUAUAUUUUUAUGUACUAUUUUACUGCUAUUUACAUCAAUCUUCUUAUUACAAUUACCUUUAUGUUGUGCAAUAUGUAAAGAAGCCAGGACUAAGUAUUAUAAUCGUAAAUAUUCCUAUGUUACAUCUCUAUUUGAUUUAAGGAUGCAAAGUAAUACCAUUUUAUUUAUUUCUAUAUUGUGGAUGAGCGCUCAGGAAGUGUUUGCCUAUCUUUUUAAUUUAUAUGUUUUUUCAAAUGUUUAUAACCAAGAGGAUAAUACAUCAAAGAACGGAUUUAUGUUACUAUUGGGUAAUGGAAUGAUGAGAAUGGUUUCUUUGGUACUUUUAUGUUGCAGCUUUGCAAGUAUGCUUGUCAGUUGGCAACAUAUGACCUCAACAAAUGAUAAUUUUAUUUCUGGAAUCAGUGCAAGCAUUGCAGCAACUGGAAAAGCUUUAUUAGGGUCUAGUAGAACUGACCAACAAGAAAAUAAUGAUUGUCCUGAAGAUGAGGAAAAGUCUGAACAAGUUGAAAAAUCUUCUCUAAUUAAGAAAGAAGAACGUCCUCAAGAAUCUCUUACACUUGGAAACAAAUUGAUUCUUUCUGGAUUUUACCUUUCCUUACUGGCUCUUCUUAUUUCAGUAAUUUGCAUGUCAUUUUUUAUUACCAAACUAUCAAUAAUAUUCAUGGUAUUUAUUGCAUUUGGAAUGAUGUAUUUGUGGAUUUUCCCAAUUGGAUUUUUAUUUAGUGGGAUUAGAAUGUAUUACAAACUAAAGUCAAUGAAAGAGAAUGUUUCUUUUGCCAGAUUGAAGGUAAUUUUUAUUAUAUUCCAUUACUUAAAUAACCUUGCUGCUCAGUUUACUAGAUUUAUGAUAUUUGCUGAUAUUUGUUUCUUAUUGUUAAUACUGGUUGGUGCUUUAUUUAUGUUAACCUAUUUAUUUGGCUGGGAUUUGUUUGGGGUUUUUAUUGGAAUUAAUAGAUCGAUGAUUAUGGAUUUCACCAUUCUACUAAUGAUGAUAAUUGAGCAAUAUAUGCUUUUAAACAAAAAGAUGUUAAAGGAUUUAUAUGGGGGUUGUUCUGUUUCCUUCAAAAGAAAGGUUAAUACUAGUCCAAUGGAAAAAACUCUUUCUGAUGAACUUUCCAAUGAGGAAUCCAGCCUUAUAUAG